AGCACACAAGGAGUCCCUGAUAGCUCCUGGAGCUGCUCAGAUGAUGACGACAGGCGUUUAUAUUUGGGCGGGGCUUAUGAGCGACGUGCUGUGUUAAAGGGAGUCAACUGAGCUGUUCCUGGUUACUAACACACACAAAUAGAGAAGGUGAAAGGCUUGCUGGAAACCAGGAGACACCAGCUGGACAUCAGGAAAAUUAAAGUAGAGAGCAAACAGAAGAUGACAAUUGGUAAAAACUCAAGGAAGAACUCAACCCGAAGCUCUGUCCGGGCCCCGAAAUUUCUGGAUAAAUCCAGCGGCUUCUACGGUCGGCUUGAUGAGCCUGAGACCUCCACAGACGGGGGUUGCUCAAUAGUGGAAAAAGUAGAGAUUGAAAUAAAGGAAGGCUGCUCAACCUCUGACGAGGUACGCAACACAUUGACAGAAGAAGAUGUGGAGGUGUUUGCCAUGAUUGAGGACGACGGAGAGACUCUUCUGCGAAGGAAACCCAACCGCCUCAGUAGCCGGUGGAGACGAAGCUCCAGGAGGAAGCAGAAGGGAGAGAAGGUUGAGGAGGGGGAAGCCAAAGACGAGAAGGCCAGCCAAGAUGAAGACAAGAUGAAGGUGGAGAGAGAGGAAGAAACGGUGAAGGAGCCUGACCUGGCACACUUCAAAGUCAGGGAGUUUGCAGAUGACAGGGUUCUGAUCCGAGACAAGAGGGGGAGAGAGGAGAACGAAGAGGAGACAGAGGAGGAAAGGAAAAUAAAGAAGGAACAAGAGGAAGGGAUAAAGAUGGUGAAGAAGACUGCAGUGAAGAAUUAUCGGAAGGCCUUUGACCGAGCGCUUCGCCGCGGCUGGGAGGCCUUCAUCACCAACCUCUACAGCGUCACGCUCACACCUGUGAAGUCAUCUGAGCCACCGCUUUCGCUGAAGAAGAACCUGCAUAACUCUGUGUUGGCUGAGUUUCAGUAGAGCUGCAAAAAAUAAACACAGACUGUUUUUUAUACAAUCUAAUCUGAUGAUGUGUGAUUUUAUCCUGACAGUCACAGAGUCUUUGAUUAACAUGUAUUUAUGUUUGUUACUGAGCCUACUUUACUCAGAGGAGCCUUAUCCCUUUGUGUGAAUGGGGCUAUUUAUUUUACAAACUAGAGGAGACAAGCAGCUGGUUUUACAUUGAAGUCUAAUAUUCAUGACUGAGUUCAGCUGCUCCUUUUUGUUUUUAGUUUAUUCCAAAGAGGAAAAAAAUUUUUUUUUUUUUAGUCAUAUGCCUAAUCCGGUGUCAGGAGCAUGCAUUGCAGAUAUUUUCCCUUGGGUUAGCAUGAUGAAACAACUCAUGUGUUGAUGUGUAACUUUAAAAGGAACCAAAGAUUUCAUAGUGGCUAUGACUGAUCAGUGGAGUUUUGAUUUGGAAAUCUAUUUAUAGCUGGUCAAAUUCUCACAUUAAACUACAUACAUUUGGA